AGCUAUGGCAGCAGCCGGCUUUUACACGCGCAAGCUGUGGAAUUGCGCCCGCCCGCUCGGGCAGGCUCGUCAAUUUGACAUACUGAACCAGCCGAAGAGGCCGAACGCAGCGAUGCUAGAACCCACAGACCACACAAGACCCCAGAGACCCCACACAGUCUACGCCGCCCUCCUGCUCAUCCAGCUCAAUUUCGCCAUCGGCGCGGUCGCAGCCGCCUUAGCGCUGCCCAAGACGGAACCGCUGACUUUCGCACUGAUCCGCGAAGUCUGCGCCGCAUGUCUACUGACGGCCUACGCUUUGAAACAAGGCGAGCCGGCCGCCCCACCCCGCGGCAGCCGCGCAUUGAUGGCGCGCCUCGGCGCCUGCGCGUGCGCGACGCAGGUGCUGGCGAUUGUAGGACUCAAACUCUCGGCGGACCCGACGGCGUUCGCGCUCUGGCAGCCCGCGCAGCCCGUGGUCGUCGCCGGCGUGUCAAUACUGCUGCGCUGGGACCGGCCCGACGCGGGCCGCGUCGUUGGUGUGGUGCUGGCCGCUCUCGGAUGCUACACGGCGGCAAAAACGCGCGGUGGCGCCGGUCUCGCCGCGCAUGGCUGCUUUGCGUUGGCGGCUGCGGCCGGCGCGUCCUACCAGCUCGUCUCGAAGCCGGCGACGCGGCGCCACGCCCCCGUCGCCGUCGCAGCGUGGGCCUACAGCUACGCGGCCGUGGGAACGGCGUUGUCCGCGGCCGCGCUGUGGGCCUGCGGCAUCUCGCUCUGUCCCGAGUGCUCGUCGUUCUACUCCGUGCCUCUGGAAGCGUGGCCCGCCCUCGCGUGGUGGAUCAUCUGCUCGACGUGCGUGAAUUACGCCCUCAUGAUGUGGUGCGUGAAGCGGAGUAGCCCGACGCUCGUCUCGGCGGCGUCGGCGCUCCAGCCGCCGCUUGCGGCCGUUUGCGCCUUGAUUGCCAUCGCACUCAGCGGCGGCGCCGCGGCGUGUGGCGCUGGAGAGGGUCGCUGCGUCGCCGCGCCGACGGUUCGCGACGGCGUCGCGGCGUGCCUGAUUGUGUGCGGCGUGCUGGCCGUCGCGCGGUCCGAGAAGAGCGCGGCGGCGACGGCGUCUCCUCCGGCGGAGUACGUCCGCGUGCCUGUGGAGGGUGUUGCGUGACGCGCCGCGGUGGCGUUCUUGUUGUAAGUAAU